AUUGCGCAGAAUUAAUGGGAGAGGAUAUUUUCUGGCUUCAGUUCCACAGAGCCAUCUCUCCAGGGCUUCAGGAAUAUGUCGAAGCGGUCUCAUUCCAGUAUUUUAUCAAAACUAGAACAUUAGUCAGCAUAGAAGAAAUCAAUAAGCAGCUUGUAUUUGCAGCAGAAGACAAAGAGGAAGAAACAAAGGUGCCUUCCUCUGAUUGUCACAAUACACAAAGCCACAUUUGGAGCCUGAAGGUGACUCCUGUAGAUUACCUCCUUGGAGUGGCUGAUCUAACUGGAGAGCUGAUGCGGAUGUGUAUCAACAGCGUUGGCAACGGAGACAUAGAUACUCCGUUUGAGCUGAGCCAGUUCUUGUGCCAGAUAUAUGAUGGCUUUUCAUUCAUUGGCAACACUGGACCUUAUGAAGUUUCCAAAAAACUCCACACCUUGAAGCAGAGUCUGGCCAAAGUGGAGAAUGCAUGCUACACUUUGAAAGUUAGGGGGUCUGAGAUACCAAAGCAUAUGCUAGCAGAUGUGUUUUCCACCAAAACAGAACUAAUUGAGCAAGAAGAUGGGCUUCCCUAAAGCAACAGGUCCUCGUGAUCAAAAGUCAGAACAAAGAAUUGCAAUAAUUAAGAUUUGCUUGCUAGAAGUCUCAGAAGUAUGUAAGUUUCUUUUAAGCUUGGUGAUGUUUUAGGGUCAGCUGAAGAAAUAGGAUAAUGUGUAUCCAGAAAUUGUUUUUGCAUAGAGAGAGGAUGGACAAACCUCCCAGGCUUAUCAUAAGUUUAGUAAGAGAUUUGUAGUCAUAAAUUUAUAUUUUUUAUAAACCUGUAUUUUAAUGUUGUGGACCAACUGCAGUGGAUUGCAGGCAGGCCUGUAGUAGGCAGUACACUGUGAAUGUUGUAAUAUUCUUCUCUUUUCCUUUCAACUUUCGUUAAGUGGCCCGUGUGUGGGAUUCAAGGAGAGUCAUUUUUGUUAAGGGAAAAAUGUACCUUCAAGAGUCAGAAAGUCUGCUGAUUCACUCAUUACUUUUGUUAUUUGGAAGUUUUAAUGGCCUAUUUGAACAUCCUGCUUUCAGUUUCUUAGUUUAUAAUGAAGAAUCUAAACAUAUAGCCAAGCCAAAAAACAAAAGGGUAGAAACCCUGCAACAGUAGAGCAUAUUUAUGUUUGCAACUUGCAUCUGUUCCAAACAUAAACAUGCUCUACUGUUGCAGGGAAGAGAAGAAGAAAAAACAUUUUUAAUUUGAUUCACAACACAUCUAUCAACAUCAUACUUUCUGAACAAAAUAAAUGAUGUGCACAUCUUGUGCAUGUUCCCUGUGAGGUUCCCUGUGAGGUUCCCAGGUUUUUGUCUGAAAUAUGUCACUUUCCACUAUUUAUCUAAGGGUUUUUAAAAAAUCUCUGAAGCAUAAAAGUCUGGCUCUUGAUUUAUCUCCAGUCAUGCUUCUGUGUAAUGAAAUACUUUUUCACAGGUUAUCAUAUUUUAGAAAAAAAUAACACAACUAUCCCAUCCAGGAUUCUGACAGGCUAAGAAUCAUAUAUGUAUAUUUUCUGUGUGUGCUUAGAAAUUGCUGCCACCUGCAGUUUCCCAGCAUCUGCAGCAAUUUUCAUACACACAGGGUCAUCUCAUAUUAAGCUUACCCUAACACAUCUAUUAAUGAGCUCUGACCCAUGGUCUGUAGUACAGGACAUUUUCGUUGCAGAAGUGCCCUUUGCUGAAGUGCCCUUUGACAUCUAGAUUUUUUUAGUUAGGGUUAGCUUAGUAUGAGAUCACCCUGUGUGUAUGACAAUUGCUUCAGAUGCAGAUGCUGGGAAACUGCAGGUGGCAGCAAUUUCUAAGCACACACAGAAAAUACACAUAUACAAUAUGAUUCUUAGCCUGUCAGAAUCCUGGAUGGGAUAGUUGUGUUAUUUUUUAUAAAAUCUGAUAACCAGUGAAAAAGUCUUUCAUUACCCAGAAGCACAAAUAAGGUUGAUUGGAGAUAAAUCAAGAGCCAGACUUUUAUGCUUCAGAGAUUAAAAAAAACAACAAAACCCCUACAAUAAAUAGUGGAAAGUGAAAUAUUUCAGACAAAAAACCUGAAUUUGCUGGUACUCACAGGGAACAUGGACAAGAUGUGUGCAUCAUUUAUGUUGUUCAGGGAACAUGGACAAGAUGUGUGCUUCGUUUAUGUUGUUCAGGGAACAUGGACAAGAUGUGUGCAUCGUUUAUGUUGUUCAGAAAGUUUGCUGUUGAUACUCAAAAUUAAAAAUGUUGUUCCCCCUUUCCCCCUGACUCUUAAGCAGCGUGAGUCAUACCGAAGAAAGGGAAAUUUCCUGCUUUCUCCCCUCCUAUGGCAGCCUUCUGUACCCCUUGUUGCGUUUCAGGGGUCUUUGGACUCCCAAGAACAUUCAGCAGGGCAACGCAGGAGUCUUGAGCAGAAAGGAGAAUUUCCACAGAGUCAAGUGCCAUCCCAUCAAGGAAAAAUCACCUUAGGGUUCAAGCCUGGACCUUUGUACUGGGAAAAAUAAAAUGUAAAAAGUGUGUGUAUUUUUGGAACCAGUUGAAGAAAUAGGUUUUUGCAUUAUAUAUAAAACACUUUCUCUCCUCACUCUCAUGUGCUUCUGUAUAGCCAUUAACAAAGCAUGUUCUAGACGUGUUUGAUAUGGCAAGAGUUGCUAGCAUUUGUCUAGAGUAAUUAUAAUUCUUAUGUAAAAGUGUAAAAAGGAGUGUUUGCAAGUUAUUUAAUAAAGCAAAUUGAGUGAUA